AUGCUGAGGAAUUUUUUCGUCUAUCUUUCCCUCGUGGUAUUCUUUACGGCUCCUCAUUGCGACUCCGUGAAAAUCUUCGUCGCGAUCUCACCUGGUCUCCCUAAGGCGGUUGACAAUGCUCAUAUUCGAGAGGUUGCCGUUCAUAUCACAGGCCUCAAUGCGACUCUUCUCGGCGAAUCGACGCUGGUACUCGCACGGGAUGCUGAGUUCCGUUCCGUCUUGAAGCGAAUCAAAGUCUACGACGAAAUCGAAGACGACGAGAAUCCGAGCGAAGGAAGAGUGUUCACAGGUUUUGUGAUUCCACCGACGAAUUUCAGUGCCAAAAAACCGUUCUCCGAAUGCGUGGGAUACUUCGUGAGGCUCGAGUGGAAAUCUCGUUCAGUAGCUUCGGCCUGCUUACGAGUCUACCCGGACUGGAUGUCCGAGCUCGUGGACCAAGAACCCGCGACGGGUGAGAAAAAUGCCUUCGUCUCGGUUCCAGGUAAUCUGACGUUGAAUGCUUUGGCGAUCCCUGGUACGCAUAACGCGGGCGCUUACAGAGUAUACGACGCUUCCUCGGAAUCUGUAGUGACAUGGUAUCGUGAUUGCCAAGAGGAAGAUAUCUACUCACAACUUCUUUACGGGAGUCGUUUCUUAGACAUUCGGCCCGGGGUGGUGACCGUGAACAACACGCGUACGUACUGGGUUUUCCACGCUGCGUUCAGAACCGACAAUCUGCUCGAGAAGGUUCUGGAUGAUGUCAAGCUCUUCCUCGACGAGCACAAACGCGAGAUUGUAUUCAUCGAUUUCCAUGAGUUUCCGUGGGGGUUCAAAACGACUUCGGACUACGCAGCUCUCGGUGAUAUUGUGGAAGGAAAACUCGGUCCCUAUAUGCUCCAGUAUCGACCGCACAUGAUCACCCUGAACGAGGCGAUUGCCCUAAACCAACGCGCGGUGGUCACGUUCGAUCAAGACGAUGCGCUAGCGCGACGAUUUCUGCCAGGAGUGAACCAUGCAUGGGCGAAUACAGAUAAUCUGGAUAACCUCAGCGUGAGGCUUCGAAUGAUGCAGCUCAGUAGAAGCGAAGGCAACCGCCUGUACUCAGCCAUGGCUCAAAUCACGCCUAAAGGCGCCUGGAACAUAAUCCUCGAUAAAUACCAAGGAGGGGUGCGGGGAUUAUCCCAUAGAAACAACUUCAAAGUGUUGUCGUGGUGGCGGAAUUCACCCGAGUACCAGUCGACCACGAACCUCAUCGCAAUGGAUUAUUUAACUUCGAGCAGUGUCGUCGACCUUUGUCGGGACAUCAACCUCGAGCGGGGAGGUCAACUUUCGAAGCGACAGUACCAUGCUAAAUAUUUCUGA